GCAUCAAUCUCAUGAUAGUUCGUCUAUUAUCUAAGUUUGACUCAUUCCCACAAUGAAGUUUUACCAAAAAAUUCUCAUGUUGAAAUCGUGAUAAUAUAAAGUCUCGAUGCAUUGUAUGUAUGCGAAGAUUCAUGAACUAAACAUACUGAAAAAUCAUCUUCCAGACAAUAUAGAUCAAUUUAUAAAGUGCGAUAUUUAGGCGAAGGUUCAACUAAGAAUUCUUGAAAAAAUAGUACCAAGUGUAUUUUCACCAAUGUUUUAGAAAUCCACCGCACUACCCGGUUGGAGCGAAAAAUAUUGAAUAUCAGACUCUAAAUGAUAGGUGAUUUUAAACGGUGUAAAAUAACAAUUGAAUCACAGUCAAACCAUAAUUUUUAUACAAAAUAUCGUAUUACUAACAUUUUGUUUAAGAAAAUUACUGACUUAUUUUUGUAUAACCUCCGAUACAAUUUCACAAUUAUUAAUUUUAACCGGCCAAACAAAAUACAAUGACAAAAUUCUCGAGAACUUGCAAAUUGGACAAACACGAGUCUUUUAAAAAAUAAAGCACGUACUUACCAAAUAAAAUAAAGCAUGUGAAAGAAAAUAAUAAAAUAUAUAAAAAUUGGCCGCUCUGCUGCUGUUUGCAAAUGCGGAAAAAGAAAAAAGAAAAAAAAAGGAAAUUCCGCAAGAUGCGGUGAAGAGUUUUGGGAGAAAACGCUUUAUAGUAUUUAGAGAGAGAAGAUAGAGAGAAGAGAAGAGAAGAGAUUAAAGGGAGGAAGGGAGUCCGCAUCCUAUAGAAAAGCGGCAGGAACUCCUUAUAAAUAGAUUCUUCUGGUUCUGAAAAAAAAAAAAAAAAGAACCAACCUAUAUUGUACUGUUUUCCCCGCUGAUCGCGAUAAGAGCUUCUUUGGCGAGAGUCGACCAACGAAGUAGGGGUUGAAUUAAUUGCUUGCUUGCUUGCCAAUGCCACCGGUAGGUCUUCCUCAAUGGUUUCUUUGAUUUAUUUCAGCGUGCUAAUUGAUUACAGAGCGAGGGAGAAUCGAAUGGAUGAAUGUCGGCUGUUUUAGGGUUUCUUUCAGAGAUCGUAGGUGUUUGAUUCCCUGAUGAUUUGAAAGUUUGUUGGCCGCUUUGAUUGGACUUGCAAACUGUUUCUGUCACUGUUGGGUUGUUUAGGGUUUCUCAGUAAAUCGUAGGUGUUUAAUUCCCUGCGUUUGGAAUUGCAAAUCAUCGUCGUAAACUGUUUCUGUCUCUAAUAACUGCUUCCGACCUCUGAUGCAUACCACCUGCUUGAUGAUUUGCGAUCUAUCUGCCUUUUUCGCCGAGGAGGAGUUCAAUCCGUUCUUUGAGUUUUGGAGGAAGCAUUGUUUGGGGAUCAUAGACAGCCAGGAGGUGGUUUCCCUGGAGAGGAUUACGCACCUGCUGCGGAUUAGCGCGCGUACAGGGCUCUCGCUCCAGAUGCCCGAACAGAGCGUGAAAGAGCUGUUGAUUGAUCCUCUGGUUCUCAGGAAUGGAGUGAUUGAAGUGGUGAGCAAUGGGAUGGGGGAGUUUGCUUCCAUACCUAAGGGCCAACUUUGUUAUAAGCGUCAUGCUUAGUUGCUAGGCGCUGCAGCUGUUUUCCUCUCUAUUUUACUAACAAAAAAAAAAAAGAAGAGCAUAUUCAUCAAAUUUUUUUAUUUUGUUUGUGAAGUCAAAGGUUUUGAUCAUACAGUCAUAUAGAAGAAAUAAGAAAAGUGUGUGCGGUAGUCGAUCAAUUGUCAAAUUUUCUCUCUUUCCCCUUCCAUAUUUCGGUGUUUCUAGCUUCUUUCUCCUUUCUGUUGGUGACGGAAAGGAAGAUUCAAUUUUUAUGUCAAAACUCAAAAGUAGUGGUGGAUUUGUGGUCCUCUCCUUCUCCCUUCUAGGAAUGGCGAUGUGCAGGUUGAGGAGGACGGGUAUACCCAUACCCGUCCCAUGGCAGGUCGGGUAAUUUAUUACGGGGCGCGGGUCGGGGCAGGUCGACUCAAUGAAUAUAUAAUUUAUGUCAAAAACAUUAGAAAUAUUAGUUGUUUUCGUUAAAAGACCAAGAAAGAAAUCAUAAUAUGAUAAAAUCUAGUUAAAUUAUUGAAGAAAUUGAGGUUUUCACUUAAUUACAACUUUAUUAUAGCUAGAAUAUAAUGUAAUAAGAGGAGAAUACUAAGUAAUUUCACUAAGAUUAUAUGUAAUUUAGGCAAGAACGGGUCGAGAAUGGGGCGGGUCAGGGCAGGUCGGGUCUAUGAGAGAUACCCAUGCCCACCCGCCCCGCCCCAAAACAGGCCAAACAGGUAGGGUAAAUCGGAUCAUGUCGAAAUUGUCAUCCCUACUCCCUUCCUUUUAUCUCCCUCACUGAAAAGGUUUUUAUUGCAAUUAUAUUGUAAUUAUAUUGUCUGAAGCAAGUUUAUCAACUCUGGGGUUAGUCCAUUUUGACAUUGACCUGGUGAGAAAAAUGGGUUGUACACACUCGUUGGGUUUACUUGUCCCAAGUGAGAGAAUGGUCUACUCCAUUGAGAGAGAGAGAAAAACAGAAUUCAAAGCAGCCAUACUCAUAACGAUGGGAAGAAUAUGCUUUGUGAUGAUAAUCUUCACUCCAAUGACGAAAUCCAAGAUUGAUUGAUGAAACCCAGCUCCAAAAUCAGUCAUAGGGUUUGUUCUUCGCACUUUCUCUCUCUAGGACUCUGUUUUCUGCUCCAAAAAUCGUCUCCCUCCUCAAAGACUUGAAAUUGGGUUAAAAACCCAGUUCUGCCCGAUCACACGGCAGUGUGGAAUCCCCAACUUGCUCGUGUAACUUCCCAAAACGCCGCGUUCGAUUUAGUGACUCAGGACGCGCUACACGACCAGAACGACCAAAACAAACAGGAACGGUCGACCUUGAACAACAUUAGUUCGACCUAUUGGGUUGAUCUUCCUUACCUCGCAAGUACAGAAGUCCGAGUUUUGUGCCCUAAAUUCAAUUUCGAACAAUUGUCAAACAUAGGUCGACCUGAUUGAGAUAAGGGUCGACCAGAUGGUAUUCUGCAUGCAACAAUACAUCAAAUUAGGCGGUGGAAAUUACGCAUUAGACAAGAUGGCGGCGAAUGCUACAUUAGGUCGACCUCACCUUCGACGUGGUCGACCUCUUGCAACACGUACAACAGCAACCGCAAACGAUCUUCUUCACAAAGGCUCUAACUUAAAAAAAAACAUAAUUCAGA